UAACAACAGUUUGCAGUUUGCAUUUUUAGUACAUUGAAUCGCGUUAUACAAAGUUCAUUCGAAAUGUCAAGCCGCGGUAGCAAAGGAGGAAAAGCCAAGAGUGCGACUAAGUCCCGUUCGAGUCGUGCCGGAUUGCAGUUUCCCGUGGGUCGAAUCCAUCGUCUGCUGAGGAAAGGCAACUAUGCCGAACGUGUAGGGGCCGGUGCUCCCGUUUAUCUGGCCGCAGUGUUGGAAUAUCUGGCCGCUGAAGUUCUCGAGCUGGCGGGAAAUGCCGCCCGUGACAACAAGAAAACCAGAAUCAUUCCAAGGCACUUGCAGUUGGCCAUUCGGAACGACGAGGAGUUGAAUAAGCUGCUUGCUGGAGUGACCAUCGCUCAGGGUGGGGUUUUGCCGAAUAUCCAGGCGGUGUUGCUUCCCAAGAAGACCGAGAAGAAGGCCUAAAUCAUUUGCAUCAUCAUCAUGACCGAUCGAACAAAACAAAAAACCGUCCUUUUCAGGGCGAC